AUGGCUUCUCAGGCUAUAGUCCAGGUGACCCAAGACUGGCUGCAGUCUUCUCUGCAUGUCCGGGUACCUUUUGCCUGGCUGGAGGCCUGUGUGGAGUGGCUACAGGAAGAGGCAGGAGGUGCAGGCAGAUUGUCACAGCAAAACAUCAACCAACAGGUUUUUGACCAGUGGCUCUCGACUGACCUAAAAGACUUGGCCUACGCAGUUCUCCCUGAAGGAAUUGCUCAAACCCACAGCACACAGCUCAAUGGCACCUUCUGUGUACAGGUUGACUCUUUACGGGACAUCAGCCAGCCCGCGUACAGUCAACUGCAGCAGUUAAAGGGCACAGAUUGCGCCAAUGACAGUGUUUCGGCUACCACACAGAGCACCCAGAGGCCGUGGGAGAGCAGACCCACACGUAUGCUCCUACUGCAGGUGACAGAUGGAGUCCAAAGCUUGGAGGCAAUGGAGUAUCAGCCGAUACCUGCGCUAAGUACUGCUCUUAGGCCUGGUGUGAAGCUGCGACUCCAUGGGCAGAUGAUCUGCAGGCUUGGAAUGCUUUUGCUGGGGCCGGGCAAUGUAAACGUCCUGGGCGGGGAAGUAGAAGAGUUGGCUGAGCGCAACAACCAGGGAAGGAUUCUAUGUCAGGCGCUGGGACUUCCUGAAGAGCAACUGGAAGAGCAAGUCAGGGAGGAAGUGCCACCAUCAGAUCAAGAUGAUGUCGCAAACCAUAGAGAGCAGGAUUUUGAGCUAGAUGACCUUGAGCUGCUGGCAACUCUCGAGGCCCAGGAGGAGCAGGAAGUGGUAGAGGUUCCUCCAAGACCUGUUCAAGACAGUGGCUACAGGACACUCACUCAGUCCUCAGGAAACUCUAACGGCAGGAGUCUGAGCACCUCAUCCACCAGAAGUGAAACCUCUAUACACACCGUUGUGAGCGGAUUGAAUUCAUACCCAAGUGGUCACCGUGGUAAUGAGGAAGAGCAGUCCGACGUCAUCGAAAUUUCCCAGCAGGGCCCGGAUGUCGACAAUGACUUUCCUGACGAGGAUUUUUUCAACGUAGCGUUGGAAGUGGAGGACGUCGCGGACUUCCAAGGAGGCACCACCAUUCAGAACUCAUUUUCCUCCGCUCCUCUUCGUGAAUCUUCCACAGAGCAAAAUGGAUUUGACGUGGAAGAUAUGGAUUUUUCAUCCGCAGGCAUUGAAUCUUAUGGAGAGAGGACACAUAGUGCAGAGUCCAACCAAUUAAUUAGAAAGGAAAUGGCUGGGAAAGAAAAUGCCUUUCACGGGGAGAGUCAUGCCUUAAGCACUUCAAGAGCAAAAGUGGACCCACUGUGUGACAUUAAUCUAACCUCACCCCCAUUUACAUACCUGUGUUUGCUAGAUAAAAUUUAUACGCCCACAUGCAUAACUAUCAAAGCCUUCAUUGUCACCCUCUUGGGUAAACUAAGCACCAGUGACGGCUUGUGGCAAAUCUGCGCCACAUUGUCGGACGGGAGCGGCUACCUGGACGCCAAACUGUCCGACCGGGUGCUGACAGACCUGCUGGGCUUCACUGUUGCUGUGAAGGGUGAAAUGAGACGUGACCCGGCCCGUAGGUCCCAGCUGGAUGCCAGCAUGAGGCGAUGUCAAGAGGAGUUGGUGGACAUGUGCUGCCUCAUGACUGUGGAGGUGGGGAUUAUGAACGCGGGAGCUGUGGUGACCCAGGCCAAGCCGGUCUCUGAGGGGGUCCACAGCGAGCUGGAGCGGAGAGUGCGAGACAGGAAAUGA